GAAUCGGGUGGUAUUUUGUUACCCGCGCUCCAAAACUCUCUUUUUCUCACACUCCAUUUUCUGCUGCUCCAGUUAUCCUGCAAUGGCGAAAACUACCUGAUACAUAUGCUACUGUAGUUGCCUCUUCAUCUCUUCAGCUACACCAACUACUUUCCAAACAUGCGCUCCAAAGAUAAAAUCUCUUACUUCUACGAUGGUGAUGUUGGGAGUGUAUAUUUUGGGCCGAAUCAUCCGAUGAAGCCUCACAGAUUAUGUAUGACCCAUCACCUUGUUCUGUCCUACGAUCUUCACAAAAAGAUGGAAAUUUAUUUUGUACGGUGCAGAGGCCUCAUAAAGCGUAUCCGGUAGAGUUAGCGCAGUUUCAUUCGGCUGAUUAUGUCGAGUUUUUGCAUCGAAUUACGCCCGAAAAACAGCAUCGAUUCAUGACUGAAAUGGCCAAAUAUAAUCUUGGAGAAGAUUGUCCUGUCUUCGACAAUUUGUUUGAGUUUUGCCAAAUUUAUGCUGGCGGAACCAUUGAUGCUGCUCGUAGGUUGAAUAAUCACCUUUGUGACAUUGCUAUAAACUGGGCGGGGGGAUUGCAUCAUGCAAAAAAAUGUGAGGCGUCUGGAUUUUGUUACAUCAAUGACUUGGUUUUGGGGAUUUUAGAGCUUUUAAAGUACCAUGCCCGUGUUCUGUACAUUGAUAUUGAUGUGCAUCAUGGGGAUGGUGUUGAAGAGGCAUUCUAUUUCACUGAUAGGGUGAUGACUGUCAGUUUCCAUAAAUUUGGAGAUCUCUUCUUUCCAGGAACAGGAGAUGUCAAGGAAAAUGGGGAAAGGGAAGGGAAAUACUAUGCCAUAAAUGUACCUCUCAAGGAUGGUAUUGAUGACACUAGCUUUACUAGGCUGUUCAAGACGAUCAUUUCCAAGGUUGUUGAAUUUUAUCAGCCUGGAGUGAUUGUUCUGCAAUGUGGUGCAGAUUCACUUGCUGGUGACAGAUUAGGCUGCUUCAACCUCUCUAUCGAUGGGCAUGCAGAGUGCGUUAGGUUUGUGAAGAAAUUUAAUCUUCCCUUGCUGGUUACUGGAGGAGGUGGCUACACAAAGGAGAAUGUUGCUCGAUGCUGGACUGUUGAAACAGGAGUUCUUUUAGAUACAGAUUUACCAAAUGAGAUUCCAGAGAAUGAGUAUAUCAAAUACUUUGGACCAGAUUAUUCAUUGAGGAUUCCAAAUGGACACAUAGAGAACUUGAACAGUAAAUCAUACUUGACAACAAUCAAGAUGCAAGUUCUCGAAAAUCUUCGGUGUAUCCAACAUGCACCAAGUGUACAGAUGCAAGAGGUCCCCCCUGAUUUUUAUAUUCCUGACUUAGAUGAAGAUGAGAAUCCUGAUGAACGCAUUAGUCAGCACACACAGGAUAAGAUGAUCCAGAGGGAUGAUGAGUAUUAUGAUGGUGAUCAUGACAAUGAUCAGAACAUGGACGAUGUAUAGGAUGAUGCCCUAGUUUAAAAUUUAGCCUCACAUACUUAUGGAGUGAAUUAAUGCUGAUAUUGUGAAUGUAUAUAAUUAGGUUUCAGUUAGAGUAUACCCUGUUCAUGUACUAGGCAAUUUCAGUAGCUUCCGAGUUGGUUUCAUUAAAUUCCGUGUUUUGUCACUGUAAAAUAGAAAGUCAGUACCUUUGACAGAUUUUUGAGAAGCAAACAUUUUGUUUUUGCGGAUUUAAUUCAUAACUUCGUAUGUAUGCAUAAUGAUAUAUUUUCUUGUGCUCUUUGGCUGUCUAUUUAGACUUUUGGCCAAUUCUCUAUUA